AUGGCUAGUCCGCCAGUUCUAGCUUUCGAUGCCGAGGGCCGUCCAGUGAAGUUUGAAACCUGGCUAGAUGACCUGCACCUGUUCCUACAGCUCACUGCCAAGGAAGAUAUCUCACUGUACGACCACGCCCUAGGCCAUGCCACUGCCCCUGACUCGACUGCUGACAGCACUCUGCGUUCCCAGUGGCAGACCCGUGAUGCGCACGCUCGCUUUGCUAUUUGCAACUCCCUGCCGCUAGACGAGCGCGAGCACUUCGGCCAGUGCAAGACUGCUAAGGACCUCUACACCGCUGUAGUUGCCCGCUACUCCUCGCCAGCUUCUGCCACGCUAGGCCGCCUCACUCUCCCCUACCUGUUCCCCGACCUAGCCUCCUUUCACACUGUCGCAGACCUCAUCACCCACCUUAAGACUAGUGAGGCCCGCUUUCGCGCUGCUAUGCCUGCCGAGGACCACUUCCUCUCUCGCUCCCCCACUGAGCUCACUGUUGCCCUCCUCGAGAAGGAACUGCUUGCAGCUGAGGCGAGCAUCGUCGCUGUAGGCACCUCUCGUGGCGACCCCCGCACCCCGUUCUUUGAGGGGUGUUCCCCUUCCCCCCUCCUCCCCUCUGUCGCCUCUGCUGCUGCUGUCGACCUUCUUGGUGCUGAGAAGGUCGGGACCGCGUCUGCUUCGAGUGGGCGCCGCAGGAACAAGGGGGGCAGGGGUGGGGGUGGUGGCGGAGGAGGUGGGGGUGGAGGCGGUGGGAGUGGAGGCGCGGCUGGGGAGACUAGUGGCGGCAGUGGGGGAGGAGACAGCAGCGGUGGGAGUGGUGGUGGAGGCGGCAGCGGAGGCGGAGGUGGUCGUGGCGGCGGCAGGGGUGGAGGUGGCCGGGGCGGCGGCGGUGGGGGUGGUGGUCGUGGAGGCACUGGCGGAGGGCAGAGUCAGCAGCCCGCCCCGACGCUUCAGGCCGCCCGUGAGUGGUAUGCGCAGCGUAGCUUUACCUGCACUGGAGAGGGUGCUCAGUACUUGCGUGUUCCGCCCGACCCGGGCAUUCAGGCCAGUCCGGCUGCCGCUCUAGGUGCUAGUGCGUCUGCUCCCACAGGUCCUGGUGAGGCUGCAGCCCUAGGUGCUCGUGCGUCCGUGCCCCCUGGUACUGAGUCGACUGCAGCACUGCACACCUUCACCCUGGACUCAGGUGCUUCUCGCUCUUUCUUUCGUGACCGCACUGUCCUUGAGCCACUCGCUCGGCCAGUUGCUGUCUCCCUUGCUGACCCCUCUGGGGGUCCGGUCAUUGCGACCUCCUCCACUGUCCUUCCUUGUCCGGCGGUCCCGUCCGGCACGCUCUCAGGUCUCUACCUCCCCUCGUUCUCUACGAACUUGGUGGCAGGUAGUGCGUGUCAAGAUAGGCAGUAG